UCCCUGUUGCCACCACCAUCUCUGCUCAGGUCCUUGGUACUUGGCGGGGGGACAGCCACCACCCUGUGUGCCAUCGUGGCAGCUUCCUGCCCAGGCGCUCGCUGCUCACCUCCUGCUCCAGGGUUGUCUGGAAACGUGGCUAGAGGGGAGGGACCUCUGUGGGCACAGCGGGUGCUGGGAGUGCUCCGGUCCCUUCCGCAGGCAGCGGCUCAGCAGAGCUCCGCUCCCAGCCCAGAGAUGCCACCGGCUGCUGCGGCACCGCCGGAGUGAGGAGCUGCACUCGGGAAGCCCAAGGUGAGGGAUGCCCUAGAACCGUGCUGGGGACGCACCAUCCUGUGGCUGUGCCCCACGGGGACAGCCAUGGCUGGCUCAGUCCUGGGAACCAUCCUCGCUGUGCUGGCCUCACUCAUCAUCACUGCCAAUGCGCUGGUGGCCAUCGCUCUCCUCUGCCUCAUCCAGAAGAAUGGCUCCAAGGGGCUCUAUUUCGUCCUCAAUCUCGCCAUUGCGGAUGCCCUGGUUGGCUUCACAGUCACGGGGCUGGUCAUGGAUGAGUUUUCCCAGCCCUUUUAUCCUCGCCAGAUCUUCUGCGUCCUGAGAAUGUCUUUCGUGACCUCCUCUUCUGCCGCCUCUAUCCUAUCCCUGACCCUGAUCGCGUGUGACAGGCACCUGGCCAUCAGGAAGCCUUUCCACUACUUCCAGCUGAUGACAGGCCUGCGGGUCGGGGUGUGCCUGGCAGGGCUCUGGCUGGUCGCUGCCAUCAUCGGCUUCCUCCCGGUCCUCACCCCAGGCUUUCAGAAGGUCACCAACCAUGAGAAGUGCUCCAUCUUUGGGGUCUUCCACCCCACGUACAUGCUCACUGUCUUCUGCGUCGGCUUCUUCCCAGCACUCUUCCUCUUCAUUUAUCUCUACUGUGACAUGCUGAAAAUCGCCUCCGUGCACGUGCAGCACAUCCAGGAGGUGGAGCAGGCUGGGCUGGCGGGCGCCGCCUGCCCCCCGGCCCGCACCACCAGCGACAUGAAGGCCAUGCGCACCGUGGCCGUGCUCAUCGGGUGCUUCACGCUGUCCUGGCUGCCGUUCUUCAUCGCCAGCAUCAUCCAGACUGUCUGUUCCGAGUGCUUCCCCACCAGGGUCAUUGAGAACUACCUCUGGCUGCUGGGGCUGGGCAACUCCCUCCUCAACCCGCUGCUCUACUCCUUCUGGCAGAGGGACAUGCGGCUGCAGCUCUCCCAGCUGGCUGCGGGCGUGAAGAGGAGGAUCCUCCUUCACCCGGGUGGUGGCCACUGCUUCCCCGGCAGGGGCACCACGUCUGUCCCCACCGUGUCCUGCCUGCAGCUCCACCACUGACACGGUAAGGAGCGGCUGUCACCAGCUUUCUAGCUCAUCUCCUGCAUCGUGACCGUGAACUUGUGGCCUGCUGGCUCUGGAGGACAUCACAGACCAGGGUGGGACCAAUCUGGAUGCUAAUUCCCCAUCGGCAUGGCCAAAUUCCAGCCUCCCACAGCACGGCCUGUUUGGCACCAGCCCCAGGCACCCCACAUGUUGGGUUUUGCCUGAAGAGCUCAGCAAGAGCAGCCUAGUGUCUCCCAGGUCCAAGCCCUUAGUGCUCAUUCUGCAAGCCAACAUCCUUCGCCCACUGCUGCCCAGACCUGGCUCCUCCUGCCCUGCCCCCUGCCUGCAGCACCAGCUCUCUGGCAGCAGAGUCUUGGAGGUGUGUGCGUGUCCUUAAAUCCAUCCUGGACCGCAAGCACUGCCAGUCGCUGCCCAUCCUAAACCAAACUCGGGGUCCUACAGCUGCAGC